AGCGGGGGUGUUGAGCUCCCCCAGAGCGGCUGGGCCGGUCAGAGCUGGCCUCGUCGCGAUCGCGACCCGCCUGUUUGUCACGGGGGAGGGCGGGGGUUGCGAUGUGGCUUCUGCUUCGACGGUCGCGGGAAACGCGUUACGUCCCCGGUGUCGGCGGGGGAAGCGGCUUCGUGGAGACCGGUACCUGCCCUCCACGGCCGCGCUGCUGGCGUUCAGCGCCGUGUAACCUGCAUUAAAUCCGCCCGUGGAAGCGGAAGGUUUCUUGAGGAACUUCUCCGGUUUUUUCUUCUUAAGUCUCUUGUCUCAGGCGAUGUAGCGUGAAACAUUAUCGUGGGAAUAUCAUUUGAGUCUCAUGAAACUGAAUCAAGUUAACAAAUACCUAAAACUAUGUUUGGUUUGUUGGUUUUGUUUGUUUUUUUUCUUUUAAAAGGAGGUUUGAAGUUGUCUAGAUAGUCCUUGGUUUUUAUAGCUUACCAUAAAGAAUUCAAAUCCAGGAGAAAGUAAAUUAAUUGAAUUAAUAACUUCCUAUGCUGUGAAGGGUUUUUGUGGCUAAGAGAUUUCUACGCAAGGUUCUCCUGAGUAGGCUAGGACAUCAGAGGUGUAACAGACUGUGGCUGACAUGGAGAAGGCCAACAUAUCCCACCUCUACACUGUCUCUUGCAAUAUAAAAACUAGGGGGAUAUCAGACGUUGCUUAGAGGAGCUAAGCCCAAAUCAAAAUCAGGUGGUUCCAUGUGGAAUUCCUUGCUGAAGGAUGUGGAGGCAAAUAUUUCAAAGAGAGAAGGAUUGGAGGAAAGAUCUGUUGAGGUUUACUGACAGGCGAACCACACCAGGUGGCAUCUGUUUAUCCCCGCUUUGGGUGACAGUAGACUAAUUGAACCUUUGGUCCGAACAACUGUGGUUAUUGUGGUCUAUAUUUUUCUAAAAAUGCAGGAAAUUUCCUCUAAAGUUCUGGCCAGAGAGAGCAACAGAAAACCAAAUUAGCCAUAAUCUUUUAGGGGAAAAAAAAAGCAUUAUGAGAUCACUCACAAAAACGGUAGUCCUAUAUUUGAGAUGGGAAAUAAGAAAUCUCAAAAUUAAAGUGGGUAAUGGAUAGAAAAUAAAUCCUUUGCCUUUUAGGCCUUUGUAUGACAAAAGGGGGUGGCAUCCAGGUUUUAGGGGGUUUUUUCUAUGAUUUUGACAGAUUGAUUCUUCAGUUGCUACAGUUUUAGAAGGAAUUUCCAUUUUAUGUUUGGCUUAAUGUGUCUUAGCUCCAUCCAUCUUCUCCAUUCAGUAAAGAAUAACGUCACAUAAUGCACUUUAUCAAAGAUAAAACUCUGAGCAAAAGCUCAGCAUAUCUUUGUCAGAACUCUUGACUUCAUGUUUUUCUAGGAAGUACGGAAGGUUUUCCCUGAGUUAGUGGUCUUUUUGGGUUGCCCUUUCAAUUCUAUUGUGCCUUUGAUGUAAGACAAACACAUAUCUUAAACUUUCUCUAGAGGACAGAAAAAUAAAAAUCCAGUGACUCCAAAUAUGGUUGAGUCCUUUUAUUGUUGAAUUGCUGAAUUAUGUUUAUUCCAACCUUUUUUCUUUUAUAAUUUUAGAAUUAUCCAGCAUGUCUUCACUGACAGAAAAGGACAGACCAAUUGUUCAGCUGUUACUGAACACUGGCACUUGCCCACGAUGCAUUUUGAGGUUCUGCUGCGUAGGAUCACAGACGGUUUACAGACAUCCAUACAAGUUGACCCACCUUGUAAGAGAAUCAGACUUGAAGACACAGAAGAAGGGCCUGAUGAUGUGAAGCACAAUGGAACACUCCAACAGAUUCCUUCGGUUAACGAUGAAAAUACUGCGAUGGAGAACUCAGCUGUGGAAGUUUGCAAUGUGUGUUUGGGAAUUCUUCAGGAGUUCUGCGAGGUUGACUUUGUUAAAAAGGUGUGCCAAAAGGUUAAUUCCGCUGACUACCAGUUCACUAGUUUUGUAUUUUCUGUGUCGCUACCCCCACAGCUGUCUGUCAGGGAGCGUGCUGCUUGGCUGCUGGUAAAACAGGAAAUGGGAAAACUGGGCCUUUCCUUGGCAAAGGAUGACAUUGUUCAGCUGAAAGAAGCUUAUAAGUGGAUUAUUCAUCCCCAAUUGUCAGAAGAGUUGGGUGUUCCUGCUGAUGGAAAGAGUUUGUUUGAAGUUAGCGUGGUCUUUGCUCACCCAGAAACAGACGAGGAGUGCCAUUUCCUAGCCACAGCCUGUCCAGACUGUUUCAAACCAGCGAAGAACAAACAGUCUGUUUUCACUAGAAUGGCAGUUAUAAAAGCCCUAGAGAAGAUAAAAGAAGAGGAUUUUCUCAAGCAUUUUCCAUGUCCCCCAUGUUCGCCAAAGAACCUCUGUGUUGCUCUGGAAAUUCAGUGCAAUAAUGGCGCAGUUUUUGUGGCUGGGAGAUACAACAAAUAUUCAAGGAAUUUACCUCAGACUCCCUGGAUUAUUGAUGGGGAGCGGAAGCUGGAAUCUUCAGUGGAAGAACUGAUUUCAGAGCAUCUAAUGGCAGCAUUCAAAGCAGAUAGCUUUAAUUUUUCUUCUUCUGGAAGAGAAGAUGUGGAUGUAAGAACACUAGGCAAUGGAAGGCCCUUUGCAAUUGAGCUUGUGAAUCCUCGUAGAAUACAUUUUACUGCUGAGGAAAUGAAAGGACUUCAGCAGACAAUUAAUAACUCUUCAGACAAAAUAAAGGUUCGAGAUUUACAGCUUGUCACCAGAGAGGCAAUUGGUCGUAUGAAGGAAGGUGAAGAGGAAAAGACAAAGACCUAUAGUGCCUUAAUAUGGACAGACAAAGCAAUACAGAAAGAAGAUAUUGCAUUUCUAGAUGAUAUCAAGGAAUUAAAACUUGAUCAGAAGACACCUCUCCGGGUUCUUCACAGGCGUCCUCUAGCUGUAAGAUGUCGGAUCAUUCACACCAUGAAAUCAGAGUACAUAGAUGAGCAUCAUUUUCGCCUGCAUCUGAAGACUCAGGCAGGAACCUACAUUAAAGAAUUUGUGCAUGGCGACUUUGGAAGAACAAAGCCCAGUGUUGGCUCCCUGCUGAACAGCACUGCUGACAUUCUGGAGUUGGAUGUGGAAUCUGUUGAUGUUGACUGGCCUCCAGCCCUGGAUAAUUAACUUUCCAAGGUGGGACGAGGAAGAAGCAGCUCCUCUGUCAGCAGCUGGUUACUGAACACCGUACCGUAUUACGGCUUGGUUGCAAAGUAUUUCUGUUGAACAUUUGGAUCAUGUUGAUCUGCCAAAGGAUACUGGUACUUUGAAUCAACUUUAAAACGCUCUGGAACAGGUAGUGUUCAUUCCAGCUUUAGCCUUAUUUUCAUUUCUUCUGUGCGUAAAAAGAUUUUGGUAAGCUAGUGUAUUGAUAAUAAGUCUUUUUUAAAAAAAAAAACAAUUAAGCAAAAGAUAAAUGGUGUAACAUGUUCAAAUGGUGUACUGAGCAAGUACAUCAAAUAUGCUUUCUGCAGUAGUUUAAAAUGUUUUAAUUAAAAAUAACUCUCCCU